CAUGAUCAUAUCUUGAAUCCCAUCACUGCUUUGGAGUUCUACCAAAGCCCAGAUGGGCCACUUCUCCUUUUAGCUGGAGAAGGAUCAUUCUUAAAGAUAUUCGAAGCAGAAAAUUCCAAGCUGUUGGGCCAGUGUAAAGUCUUCGAUGGCCAAGCUAUUCAUGGAAUCAUCGCUGCAAAGAACGCCCAAGACGAUGAUGUACAUAUCUUGAUCUGGGGCGGGUCUUUCUUGACCCUGCUUAGGACACAUGACUUCGAACAGAUCCUCGCGCAAAGUCUAACUCGCAUCGCCGUGGCAGCUGCCGAAGCGUCUGACUGGAUUCUUGAUGCGGCUCUUUCUCCACUCGUUCCUGGCUGUUGUUUCCUCAUUACAGCUCAUAACACUGUUGUUCGCGCAACACUCGACAAGACUUCAUCAUUCAUCGAGUUCGAGACAGUGGCUUCCCCGUCGAGGUCAAUCUUGUAUUCGGCACAUAUCUUGGCCGAACCUUCUGGCGAGAUCCUGGUAGCUGCAGGGACAGUCUUUGGAGAAAUCAUUAUCUGGUCAUGUUCGAGCUCAGGAACUACCCAAGUAUUGUUUACCUUCACAGGCCACGAAGGCUCAAUCUUUGGAGUCAACAUCUCCCCGCCUUUGACACUUGCAUGCAAGCGUCGGGGUCGAUUGCUUGCGAGCUGCAGCGAUGAUCGAACUAUUCGGGUUUGGGAUCUUACAACAGACUCCCCAACUAGAACAGUGAAUGACCAAGUAGGUCUUGUACGGGAAACGGGUUUCGGUCCAAAUAGUGAUGAUCAAGCUCAAUCAGAAAACAGGUGCAUCGCCACAGUCAUGGCUCAUGCUUCUAGAAUCUGGCGGGUUAAAUUUCUCGUGGAUCAAGGAUGUCUGAGUCCAUCGUUAGUGAGCCUGUUGUCCUUUGGAGAGGACUCAUCGACUCAGCAGUGGAGUUUGAACAUCGACUCUUGUACCGCUUCAAACCCCAAAGCCGAUCAUACCUCGGAAACUUUGAGGCUAAUGCAUGUAAGCACGUUCGCUUUCCACAGUGGAAAGCAUAUUUGGUCAACAGCGCUACACUAUUGUAAUCCAUUGGCAGCCAUUCUUGCUACAGGUGGAGCAGAUGGCAAAAUAUCUUCACGUGCUGUAAGUCUUCUUGAAGAGGAGUCUUCCCGAGCCUCGUGCCAUGAUGAGUUGGGACCAUCUUACGGAAUAUCUUCUCCUGGGAACACCGAUGUUCAAUGCAACUCAUGGGAUCUUGAAGAAGACAUACUCAAGCAUCUUUCUCUCAUCCCGUCAGUCGACGAAAGCAUUAUCAAAGGGCUCGACUCAGAGGCCAUCGAGAUCAAGAAACCCAAGAAAAUCGUCAAAGAUGCUUUCAACAAAUAUGACUUCAUUUCUGAGAACCAGCUACUUCUUACAACCACAUUUGGACGCGUUUUACUUAGUAAGAUUGGCGUGUCACAUCAAUGGGAAGAAUUAGAGCUUCCAAAAACAGCCGAAUACGACCUCAAAUCAUAUUCUGUUGUUCAAGGCAUUCCAGAAUGUGGUUUGGCAUAUAUAGCAGGAGCAAAUGGCAAGAUCUAUUGCUAUGUCGGUGGUGCGAUAUUACUGGAAGCCGGGAAUGUCAAUGGCAAGGUAGCAGAUAUGUUCAAAAUAUUCAAUCCAGCUACGAAAGGCUUUGAAUUGCUGGUCACUACUUUGGGAACUGGGAUGGCAACAUUAUUCAGCAUUGGUUCUACCGCUACAGGGUUGAUACACCUCUUCGCAACGUUCACACUUCCCCCGAAGUUCAUGGUCACAAUUGCUGGGAGGAUAGAUGAUUUACUAGUUCUUGGAUCACGUACUGGCUCACUGGCAGUCCUUGAUCGUGAAGAUCGGGCUGUCUUGCAUGGAGUGGGGAGAGGCAUGACUUCCACCCAAGACGCAAUCACCACCAUUAUCCCUCUGCCACACCAAGCCAGUGAAAACAGCAUGGCCAGCUACUUCCUCACAACGGGACGUGAUGGCGUAUAUUCUAUUUUCGCGAUAGAUAAAUCCGAUAAUGGCGCUAUUCGCUGUGUUCAUGUUGGUAGCUUACCAUUUGGUCCUAUUGUUGAGGCAGCUUGGUUGGACGGUGCUGAGCUGCUUUUGUACGGAUUCAAGGGAAAGAAUUUCAUCGUCUGGAACGAGACCAAACAACUUGAGGUCAUGAGUGUUGAAUGCGGAGGUGCACACAGGAGCUAUGCAUAUUCGCCACUACGAAAAUCCUCUGGGGGUCAUUUCGCAUAUAGUAAGGCAUCGAAGUUAUACAUAUAUUCACAGCAAGCUCCAUCUCACACGAUCGUGAAGCGAAGCGGACACGGUCGAGAGAUCAAAGCAUGCGCCGUUUCCCCAAAUGGGGAAUAUGUGGCAACUGGUGCUGAAGACACAGCGAUACGCAUCUGGAGCUACGACGAUGAUGGUAAGCCUUUAGAGCACCGGCUUCACUGUCAUGCUAUUAUGCAGAACCAUUCCGCGGGUAUUCAGCACCUACAAUGGCAUGGCUUGAACUACCUUUUCAGUAGUGGUGGGAACGAAGAGUUUUUCCUGUGGUCAAUUGAACGUAUUCCUGGAUUCGGUCUGGGAGUUGUUUGUGAAGCAGCCUGUCCUGAUCAGAGCGCCGACCGAGACUUGAGAAUUAUGAGUUUAGAUGUUUCUGAUGUUGAUGGUGAUAACUUGUUGGUCAGCUUAGCGUAUUCAGAUUCGACAAUGCGAACCUACACGUACUCCAAGCAGAACAGAUUUUGCUUGGUGGCAAAGGGGAUAUACACAUCCUCUUGCUUGACGCAGAUUCGACACCUUCGAGUCUCCCCCAAAGAAGUACACAUCAUAACGGCAGCCACCGAUGGCAACAUCAGCUUAUGGAGAAUCGAUCUCUCACCACCGAAGACAAUUUGUGGAUCCUCGCCCUCGGAGUUUACUUUCCUUGGAACUCGGAAAAUCCACCAGAACACUAUCAAGUCUUUGGACUUCGUCAAGUAUACUGACGCGUUCUUGGUUGUCACUGGCGGAGACGACAAUGCCUUAGGAGUCUCGAUUUACUCCAUAAACCAGCUCCCCAGUGAAGCUGCAGUUACGAAACCAUUGAGCUACAUCUUGAGAUCAGCACAUGCAGCUGCCAUCACUGGACUCUGCAUUGUCCCCAUAGAUGAAGUCAGCCCAUCGAUGGACAUCGUCAAAAUUGUGUCCUCGAGCAAUGAUCAAAGGAUUAAAGAGUGGCAUGUCCAACUCUCGACUAGUACGGCCGGUGACUUGAGCAUUGUCAACAUCCAGAAUCCGAGCGAUGAGUUCACCUCUGUCGCUGAUAUUGGAGAUGUGGUAUUUUUGAGAGCCCGGAAUAAUCAUGUUCAUGAAUCCCAAGAGCAGAAGGUGUUGAUCGUUGGGAAUGGUAUGGAAAUUUGGAAACUCCCUGGGUGUUCGAGAUGA